CACAGGAGCCAAACGAAUUGAUGAUAAUUUGAUGUUAGACUUUCAAUAUUACCAUUGCACCCUUCGACAGAACAAAGUUCGGCGGGAACAAGCUCCACGUACUCGUUCUCAUGGAGAGGGUAUAUAAGUAAAACUACACUUCCAAACUUCUGGUGGGAUCAUUUCAAUAUUUCGUUAUGUUUUUUUUAUCAACAAGUUCUAAGGCUCUCCAGAAUUAAACUCGCGCGUGUUCUUGUCUGAGAGAAUUUGAGCUAGAUAUAUAUACGUACGACACAAUGGCGCCUUUGGCAAUGAAGAGUGCAUGCCUGAGGUCUACUGCUCCUGAUGCACAAUUGAGGAGGCUUUUAUCUAAAGAGAGGAAUUAUUUUGAUGAGUUUGGUUUAGUAAGGAGCAGGAGAAGUUUGGACAGCAGCAGCAAUAAGGCUAAUAUUCAAGCUAAGUACCCAAGCGUAGAUGCUGAACAUAGAAGCAAGAGAUGCCAUCCACUUGAAGCAGUUGCCACGCCCAUUCCUGCAACGAAGAAGAGAGUCUUCACCUUCGGCAAAGGGAAGAGCGAAGGGAACAAAAGCAUGAAAUCGCUAUUAGGCGGAAAAGGGGCGAAUUUGGCGGAGAUGGCGAGUAUCGGGCUCUCGGUUCCGCCGGGCUUUACGAUAUCCACAGAGGCCUGCCAAGAGUACCAAGAGAGCGGCCACAAGCUGCCUAAUGGGCUUUGGGAGGAGAUUCUUGAAGGCCUUCAAGCUGUAGAGGAGGACAUGGGGGCCUGUUUAGGUGACCCUCAGAAGCCUUUGUUGUUGUCCGUUCGAUCUGGCGCCGCGAUAUCCAUGCCGGGGAUGAUGGAUACGGUGCUGAACUUGGGGUUGAACGAUGAGGUGGUGGCGGGGCUGGCGGAGAAGAGCGGAGAGCGGUUUGCAUAUGAUUCGUAUAGGCGAUUUCUCGAUAUGUUUGGGGAUGUGGUAAUGGGAAUUCCCCAUUCCAAAUUCGAAGAGAAGCUCGGAGCCCUGAAAGCAGCAAAGGGAGUGAGCCAGGAUACAGCUCUAACUGCCUUCGAUCUCAAAGAGUUAGUUGUAGAAUACAAAAAUGUUUACUUGGAGACCAAAGGCGAGCAAUUCCCUUCAGACCCAAAGAAGCAGCUCUACUUGGCGGUUCUAGCUGUGUUUAAUUCAUGGGACAGUCCGAGAGCUGUCAAGUACAGAAGCAUCAAUCAGAUUACAGGGCUGAAGGGUACUGCAGUGAAUAUCCAAUGCAUGGUGUUCGGAAACAUGGGGGAAACCUCAGGAACUGGUGUGCUUUUUACAAGGAAUCCAAGUACUGGCGAAAAAAAGUUGUAUGGGGAGUUUCUUAUUAAUGCUCAGGGAGAAGAUGUAGUUGCAGGAAUUAGGACGCCACAGGAUCUGGAUGCAAUGAAACAGUCCAUGCCAGAAGCCUAUAAAGAGCUUGUCGAAAAUUGUAGCAUUCUAGAGAGUCAUUAUAAAGAUAUGAUGGAUAUAGAAUUUACCGUCCAAGAAAGCAGGCUUUGGAUGCUGCAGUGCAGAGCAGGAAAGCGCACCGGCAAAGGAGCUAUAAAGAUUGCUGUAGAUAUGGUCAAUGAAGGUCUUAUAAAUAUCAAUUCUGCUAUUAAGAUGGUCGAGCCUGGUCACUUGGAUCAGCUUCUCCACCCUCAGUUUGAGAAUCCAUCUGCAUACAAGGAAAAAGUGGUUGCUACUGGAUUGCCUGCAUCACCAGGAGCUGCAGUUGGUCAAAUAGUAUUUAGUGCUGAGGAUGCUGAAGCAUGGCAUGCACAAGGGAAAGUUGUUAUUUUGGUAAGGACUGAGACUAGCCCUGAGGAUGUUGGCGGCAUGCACGCAGCAACAGGAAUUCUUACUGCAAGAGGUGGCAUGACCUCUCAUGCAGCUGUUGUAGCACGUGGUUGGGGAAAAUGUUGCGUCUCUGGAUGCUCAGAAAUUAGGGUCAAUGAUGCAGACAAGGUAGUUGUAAUUGGUGACAAAGUAAUACAUGAAGGUGAUUGGUUAUCAUUGAAUGGAUCAACUGGAGAAGUAAUCAUGGGAAAGCAACCUCUCUCUCCGCCGGCACUUAGUGGUGACAUGGGAAUCUUCAUGGCUUGGGUUGAUGAAAUAAGAAAACUUAAGGUCAUGGCAAAUGCUGAUACACCAGCAGAUGCAGCGACAGCAAGAAAUAAUGGAGCAGAAGGGAUUGGGCUUUGUAGGACAGAACAUAUGUUCUUUGCUUCUGAUGAAAGAAUAAAGGCAGUGAGGCAGAUGAUAAUGGCUGUGACUACUGAACAGAGGGAAAAAGCAUUAAAGCUCCUCUUGCCCUACCAGAGAUCUGAUUUUGAAGGCAUUUUCCGUGCUAUGGAUGGUCUCCCUGUAACAAUUCGGUUAUUAGACCCACCACUUCAUGAGUUUUUGCCCGAAGGUAACAUUGAGGACAUUGUGGCGGAACUUGUUCUGGACACUGGCAUGACAGAGGAUGAGGUGUUUUCAAGAAUUGAGAAGCUUUCUGAAGUAAAUCCAAUGCUUGGUUUCCGUGGCUGCAGGCUAGGCAUUUCAUAUCCAGAACUAACUGAAAUGCAAGUACGAGCAAUCUUUGAAGCUGCUAUUUCUAUGAGUAACCAGGGAGUCAGAGUCUUUCCAGAGAUAAUGGUCCCACUUGUUGGGACACUUCAGGAAUUAGGUCAUCAAUCAAGUCUGAUACGCAAAGUAGCUGAAAAGGUUUUUUCUGGUAUGGGUGCCUCUAUAAGUUACAAGAUCGGCACUAUGAUUGAAAUCCCUAGGGCAGCCCUAGUAGCAGAUGAGAUUGCCGAGCAAGCAGAGUUCUUCUCCUUUGGGACAAAUGAUCUAACCCAGAUGACUUUCGGUUACAGUAGAGAUGAUGUUGGCAAGUUUCUUCCGAUUUACUUAUCUAAAGGUUUACUCCAAAGCGAUCCUUUCGAGGUUCUGGACCAGAAAGGAGUUGGCCAGCUCAUUAAGAUUGCCACAGAAAGAGGCAAGAGAGCUCGGCCGGACUUAAAGGUUGGGAUAUGUGGUGAACACGGAGGGGAGCCUUCUUCCGUUGCUUUCUUCGCUGAGGCUGGAUUAGAUUAUGUCUCGUGUUCGCCCUUCAGGGUUCCCAUUGCUAGGCUCGCAGCAGCUCAAGUUGCAGUCUGAAAGGGUUUUCAUGAACGUGAAGACAGAAUAAAGUCAGUCUAUGGCGACUUUUGAAAAAAAAAAAACAACAAACGGUGCGUGAAUGAAAUAAACUUAUCAUGAUUCUUAUGCUCACUCUCUUGCUCCAUGUUAUAGAAACUCUCUUGGUAUCAAGAGUACUGUCCAUAAUACUUUGAUGCAUGUACAAAAUGGUGUGUUUGUACGAGUUGCUGCAUCCAACUCAGUUUAACGCAUGUAUCAAUAAAGCUGUUCGUUAGUUUCUCUCUAAAGAUAUCUUUUUUUUUAA